UUGGAACUGUUCGUUGAAUCGCUGCUGAGUAAGGCCAUGCAAGUGACUAUCACGAGGAACGCCAAGACCCUUAGUCCGAGUCACGUGAAGCAAUGCAUCCUGGCUGAGACUAGGUUCGACUUUUUGAGGGAUCUGGUCAAAAACAUACCUGAUGUAACCGCUGCCGAAGAAAGAGAAAUGAUGAGCGGCGAAAGUUCACCGAAUUCUUCUUCAAGAUUAUCCGAUACAUCGGUCCCUCAAAGAGUUGUUCGGCAGGACUCGAACAGUUCGAGCAGUUCAGAUAUAAGACUACAGGUGGCGCCACCCAAGGAAUUAAAACGAGGCUUGUCGGUGGAAAAUGAAAAGAAACCUGACACUAUAGAAACAGCUAUAGAUUUGACAAAGAAAAUAGAAGAAAAGCCAGUUGUUACCGCUAACUUUUACCAAGAGACUUUACUAACUGAUGAAGUACAGCAUAAAAGUGUGAUAAAGGUCAAUCCUACAUACACUAGCCCACAACCUUCGACCUCGAGUUUCUCAACCUUGACCACAGUGGAACCUAUUCCUAGAUUGGAAGUGCCAAAGCCAGAACAGUCAUUGUACUAUCUAGACGUAAGGCAGAACCAAAAACCAAGGACGCCAAUAACUCCGAUACUGAACAUAGAUUUCACCAAAAACUUCACCAAACCAGAAAUAAAAGUUUUAGACACUACAGUAGCGAAUGUAAUCGGUGUUAAGAAUGAUAAGAAAGUUAGAAAUGCAAAAGCUACGAAAGAGGUCAAGAGGAAUGAUGUAAAAUUAGUUCCCGCCAUUGUCGACGUGGAUCAUUUGAAUUCAGGCAAUCUACAAAUCGAUGAAGACUAUGAUACCUGA